AUGAGGAAACUUUUCAGCGGUCUAUGCGGGACCUAUGUUGGUCGAUCGUUCCUCGGACAUAUUCUUUCCUCAUCAAAAGCCCACUAUUCAAAGCAUUUGGCAGGGAUCACGCCAUCGUUCGCCACUAGUCAUAAUGUCGCCAUUAUUGUGGGUUUCAUGAUUAUGGUCAACUUCUUCAAAUGGAUAAUAUUUGGCUCACUUACCAAACGAGAGAUAAAGCUGUUGCGUAAUAAAUUCAACUACACGUUAUGGGAGAUUUUCCUUUCGUUGAUGGUGAUUAGGUUUGUGAGUAACGGCGGCGCGGCUGAUGGCGAUGACCUAUUAUUGUUCGACAAGAUGAUGAUAGCGAAAUUUGCGUUUUUGUUCAGUUGUGUGCUAUUAUUGAAAUUCUUUCACUAUUUAUGUGUUUACCGAGUAUCCAACGUCUUCAAUGUGGAAAGAAAUGACGCUGACAAGAAAUUGGAUGCCAAAGAAGAAGAAUCUGAUUCGUUUGAUGAGUUCGACGAUUUGUCAACCUAUACGGCCCAUGAACUUUCCACUUCAAUCAAUAAGCUUUACCUAAUAAGCCAGCAGUUUCGCGCCGAGAAAAUGAGUGCCGAGUCGCUUUUAAGAGUCACAGACUCGUUUAUUUCCAGUACCAAGACUUCUCCUAUCACCCAUCUUCGAUUUGCGAUGGGGAUUCUUAUAUUGAAUUUGAUCGACGUGGUGUUGAUAUAUAAGUUCAAAUGUGAAGUAUAUGAUCAUGGGAAUCGAAAUAUCUUGAUUGUAUUGUUUGGAUUUGAAAUCAUCAAUUUUUACCCCUUGAUCAUCCUCACGAGUUUUGCGUAUAUUUUGAACUAUUUUGAAUUCCGAUCCAACAAGACCCUCUUCAAAAAAUUCUUGGCGAAUCUUAAUCACGAAGUGGCUAAUGGCUCGUCAAAAGAGGUGAUCCAAACUUAUUAUUCUAAAUUCUUGACUCAGAAACAUAAGAAUUUGAUCGCCAAAAAGAAGAACUUACUAGGGUUCAAGUUCUUCUUGUCGAAUAUGAAACUCUUGAACCAGAUCUUGUUUUCGAUUCAUUUUUUGCAGCACUACACUGUGCCCCUCCAUACCUUAUCUCACUCAUACAUUUCCAUCAGGAUUCUUAUCAAUAAGAUGAGACUUUUAAUCAAUCUCAAGAAGUUCGAGAUGAGGUUGGUCCAUUUUGCUGAUGUUUUGGAUGAUGCCGAUGUUGAAGACUUGCAACUUCGCGAGCAAACUACCUGCUUGAUUUGUCGGACAGAUUAUUGGCCGCCUAAAGACGAAAAUCCUUUGGGAGACUCAGUCAAGCAGUUGAAAUGUGGGCAUCAUUUUCAUGAAACUUGUAUUAUUAGUUGGUUGAUGAAGACCAAUAGUUGUCCUGUGUGUCAUACAAAAAUAUGA